AUGAGGAGCUUCUCUCAGGUCUAUGAUGAUAUCAUACCUGCUGAAGAGAGCCCACACAUUACAACAGGUUCUUGAGUCUUAUCUGGCUGAGUAGAGGUAAAGCUUGUUCUGCUGCUGAGUUGAGCAGUGUGUGUGCAAGAGAUGGACAUCCGAGUUCUACUCAUUUUUCUAUUGACCACUGUCACUCUCGUCACAUCUGAAGAACUUAACUACUUUCUCCACAUCGGGCCGGGGAUUGUUGUGCACCGUGAGAAACCACGGACUCACUGCGCCAGCGUAGGGUCUUACAAUGGGUUCAAGGAUUUCAUCUCAAUACCUAAGAGCAGGCAGGACAGUGUGAGGUUGGUGGAUGGUGGGAGCCGCUGUGCUGGGAGAGUGGAAGUUCUUCAUAGAGGACAUUGGGGAACAGUGUGUGAUGAUUACUGGGAUAUGAGAGAUGCUGCCGUGGUGUGUAGAGAGCUGGGCUGUGGGGAAGCCAUAGAUGCACCACGGAGAGCUCGCUUUGGAUCAGGAUCAGGACCGAUCUGGGUGGAAUAUGCUAACUGUGCUGGAUCAGAGUCUUCACUGAAGAACUGUAGGUCGUAUGAUUGGGGUAGACGGAGAUGUAAUCAUGAUGAAGACGCUGGUGCUGUUUGUGCAGAAGUCAGACUGGUGGGCAGAUCUCACUGCUCUGGGAGAGUGGAGGUUCUUCAUGGAGAGAGCUGGGUCACAGUGUGUGAUGCUGACUUUGACCAGCAGGGUGCAGAGGUUGUGUGUCGAGAGCUGGGCUGUGGUUCUCCUGUGGAGGUUCUGGGAGCAGCUGCUUUUGGUAGAGGGGAGGGUCAGGUGUGGUCAGAGGAGCUUCAGUGUAGAGGAAACGAAUCUCAGAUUCACUUCUGUCCAAAAUCAUCUUCACUCAAACACAACUGCUCCCAUGAUAAUGAUGUGGGACUGGUGUGUUCUGAAAGUGUGAGGUUGGUGGAUGGUGGGAGUCGCUGUGCUGGGAGAGUGGAGGUUCUUCAUAAAGGACAGUGGGGAACAGUGUGUGAUGAUAACUGGGAUAUGAUAGAUGCUGCAGUGGUGUGUAGAGAGCUGGGCUGUGGAGAGGCUGUAGAUGCACUUAGUGGUGCUUACUUUGGAUCAGGAUCAGGACCAAUCUGGAUGGAUAAUGUGGAGUGUAGAGAAUCAGAAUCCAUACUAAAGAACUGUAAAUCAGCAGGAUGGGGUAAACAUAACUGUAAUCAUCCUAAAGAUGCUGGAGUCAUCUGUUCAAGAGUCAGGCUGGUUGGAGGUUCUCACUGCUCUGGGAGAGUGGAGGUUCUUCAUGGAGAGAGCUGGUUCACAGUGUGUGAUUCUGACUUUAACCAGCAGGAUGCAGAGGUUGUGUGUCGAGAGCUGGGCUGUGGUUCUCCUGUGGAGGUUCUGGGAGCAGCUGCUUUUGGUAGAGGGGAGGGUCAGGUGUGGUCAGAGGAGCUUCAGUGUAGAGGCAGCGAAUCUCAGAUUCACUUCUGUCCAAAAUCAUCUUCACUCAAACACAACUGCUCCCAUGAUAAUGAUGUGGGACUGGCAUGUUCUGGUUCUUCUCUGGCGUCUCAUGAGGGAGGAGUGCGGUUGUCUGGAGGGAUGGAGUGUGAGGGGGAGGUGGAGGUGUUCUUCAGGCAGGACUGGAGGAGAGUUCUGCUGGACUCCUGGAGUGAGUCUGAGGCCUCUGUGGUCUGCAGACAGCUGGGCUGUGGUUCUGUACUCAACAUCUCCAGCUCCUCUUCAUCCAGUCCUGAACACAGCUACAUGUGUGUGACGGGUUUCAACUGCUCUGGGAGUGAAGCUCAUCUGAGGAACUGCAGCAGCUCACAAGCAGUACAGCGCUCCAUCAGGCUGGUUGGUUCUGGUGGAGACUGUGCAGGAAGGCUGGAGGUUUUCCACAGUGGAUCAUGGGGGACAGUGAGUGAUGAAUUGUGGGAUAUUGAGGAUGCGCAGGUGGUCUGCAGACAGCUGCAGUGUGGAGUGGCCCUCAGUGCUCCAGUACCGGUACCAGCCCGGUUUGGAUCUGGAACUGGACCCAUUUGGCUGAAUGAGGUGGAGUGUGAGGGGAACGAGGCGUCUCUGUGGAACUGCAGAUAUCAGCUGUGUGGAGAGGAUGAAUGUGGACACAAGGAUGAUGUAGGAGUCGUGUGCUCAGAGAAUGGAAAUACACUAGAUUUGACAAAUUGGCUGUGUGAUUCAUCUCCUCAUGAAAGACCGUGCGCAAAGCACAUUCCUCUGAGGCUGAGGGGAGGAGUAGGAAGCUGUUCUGGAUGGCUGCAGGUGUAUCAUAAUAAAACAUGGGGGUCUGUAUGUGGUGAUCUCUGGGACAUCAGGGAUGCUCAGGUGGUCUGCAGGCAGCUGGGUUGUGGGCCGGCGCUGAGUGCUAAUAGAAGAGCUGCUGAUGGUUCUGGUGGAGGAACUAUCUGGAUGAACAGAGUGAAGUGUAGAGGGAAUGAGAUUCACCUGUGGGACUGUCCUCAUUCCCUGAAGAACCACACUGACUGCUCCCACAGUGCUGGAGUCACUUGUGGAGGCUUCCUGUAUCAUACUUUGCCUUUAAAUAAUAAAAGAGGACAGAUGGGACAUUUUGUCUUGCAAGAUUCUCAACCACAGACAAGAAGAAUCAUACUUCCACAAACUCCUCCACCAGCUGUUCCCUCCAUCUAUCCAGUGUCUCUCCUGGUUCUGGGAUCUGUGCUCUUCCUGGCCUUAGUGCUUCUGGUUGUGCUGUUUUAUCAGAACAGAGUGCUCAGGAGAGUGAUCUCUAAGAGGAGGAAGACUUCAGCUGAGCCUGUCUAUGAGGAGAUUGACACCAGGCUCAUCCCUAAAAGAAUUACUGUCUCAACUGAAAGUAAGAGUAAAAUGUUUUUUUUUUCUCUCAAAGCAGAAAUGUCUGGUCUUUACAGAAAUAAUGUAGCAGUUAAUCAAAUACUUGUCAGAUAACUCUCUUUUCAUAUUGUUAUAUUUUA